AUGGUAUACGAUUUGGUCCGUACGAAUCGUUCAUUAUUGGAUUCAUUAAUUUCGAGUCCAGUGAAAAACACAGCAGGACAUGCUCCUAGCGAACGACAGGUGCAAGUAUUUGUGAAGCAACUUUUAUGUGCGCUAAAAUGUAUGCACGAUAGGAAGAUCGCUCAUUUGGAUAUUAGACCUGAAGUGAUUCUUUUAGAAGAUGAUCAUCUUCGAUUGGCUGAUUUUGGUCAAAGCAGGCGGUUAAUACGGGGUAAAGUAAUAGCCAAUAUAAUGGGUACUCCAGAAUUUGUUUCACCAGAAAUUGCAGCUGGUAUUCCGGUUACACUUGCUUCAGAUUUAUGGAGUGUUGGUACUCUUACUUAUGUUUUGCUUUCCGGUAUCUCACCAUUCCUUGGUGACAAUGAUAAUGAAACAGUACGUAAUGUUAUGUUGGGUAAUUAUAAACUUGAUAUUGCGGAAUUCGAUCAAAUUUCUAAUGAUGCUAAGGAUUUCGUUUCAAAAUUGCUAGUUCUUGAUCCAAGUAAUCGUCUAAAUGUUGAUCAAGCAUUGAGUCACCCAUGGCUUUCGGAGGGAUUCCUGGAAAAUGCCCCGAUAACAUCGGAAUGUUUACGAGAAUUUAAAUAUAAGCAUAAAUGGCUGGAAAGACGGGUAUUCGUUCAGCAAACUUUAUCCGAUGAAUUAAUGAGCACUGUACAGGCUCCCAAUGUUAAUUUAAUUGGUUCAUCUUUACCUCAAUGUAUACAAGGAUUAGCUCGAAGUGAACCCUAUGAUAUUUAUGAUUAUUUACGAAUCAAAGAUCGCAUUUCACCAUGUGACAUUGUUAUCCGUGAGGGUGAAACAAAACAACGACAUUUGCAACCACAGGAGAAGGACGAAACACCAUCUCGAAGGUUGUUGCAGCAAAAGCAUCAAAUUUCGACGGAUUCUUUCGGUGAUACGUUGUUACCAUUACAACUUGUUCACGGAGAACAUCGUGAAAUUCAGGAAGAAAUAGCAAAUCGGAUUUUAUCAGAUAUUUCCGAAGAAACAUCGAUAACCGGUUCGCUAGUUUCACAUGAUGAACCAGAAUCAUUGCAUAAAAUAUCUGAGAGACAAAUGAGACAGAAGAAAAGUAGCAGUAAAUCAUCAACUCCACAAGUAGAAGGAUUAUCAUUGGAUGGUACACCAAUUGCUUCACCAGGUGGUACAGGAAGUGCUGGUACAUCACUUCCGGAAUACUGCUCCAAUACUACUGAUAUGUAUCGAUAUCCAAUACAGUUAGAUCCGAGCAUUCCAAUUGGUGCGCCACUUUUCCUCGAAGGACUCGAAAAUCAAUCCUUAGUACUCGAUGAUGUAUUGGUAGAUACGCGAAGUCCACAUAGUUUACCAUCGUUACCUGGAACAAAAAGUCCUGUACUAUUAUCACCGAAAAGAGAAUAUACAAUGGGAGUAGUAAUUGGCACCAAACAAGGAACACAAGGAAUUGCUGAAAUUACAAUAACAAAACCGCAACUUCUUGAAGUGGAAAAAAUUCCCGAAGAAGAAAAAGCUAUUGAGAAAAAGCAUGAAGAUGAAUUCGAGAAUUUCAUGAAUAAAAUUGAGGAGAUGAAAAAAAGAAGGAAGAAAGAACGCGAAGAAAUGGAACUAUUGCGUCCAAAGAAUAUAUAUGAUGAGGAUAUCGAUUUCAAAAAACGGGAUAUUGAUGAUGAUGAAUUCCCGUGGGAAAGCCAUUAUCAGAUUGGUCCCGAUACACUUUUGCUUGCAACACGUGGUGCAGGCUUUAAUGCACGUGUCCGCGAUUAUCGACGUGAACUAUGGGGUGAUGGUGCACCAUUGGUAAAUCAAGGAUAUCUCGGUUAUCGAAAUCAAGAUAUUACGGUUAGGGAAAGAAGAAGAUUCACAGAUUUGAUACGUGAAGAUGAAAAUAUUGCAAAAUCAGUGGAAAAUUUGGAACGUGUUAUGCAUGGAUCAUCACAUCUUGGUGCUAUAAAACGUAUUCGUAGUGAUAUUAGUAAAGCAAUACCAGCAGCAUCCAAAAAAGAUGGAACCUUUGGUGCCAUUUUCCGAAAUCGAUUAAAAGAUCAACCGUUUAUGGGAAACGGUAGCACAGUAAUAUUUAAAUGUGCUGUGAUUGGUAAUCCACAACCAACUGUUGAAUGGUUUUUCAAUGAUAGCCUCGUUGUGGAUGACGAUAAGCAUAAGAUAUUUUAUGAAAACGGUCAAUGUCAACUAACAAUUCAAGCAAUCGAUAUAACCGAUCUUGGUGAAUACUCUUGCGUUGCAUCAAAUGAACAUGGUGUGGAUAGGAGUUGCGCUCGAUUGAUUACCGGAGAUACACCGGCACCACCCGGUCGGCCUGAAGUUGAGCUUUCAUCGGAUACUGAAGCAUUUAUUACUUGGGAAGCACCACAAAUGAGCCAUGGUCUGGAAUGUUUCAUGUAUAAGCUGGAAGUUCGGCCGGCAGGUGAAAAUGAUCAUUUCUCGGAGUGGCGUCUUGUUUCGGAUAAAAUAGAAGAUGAAGCAGCAAUCGUGCGACAUCUAACACCACAAGGCAUUUAUCAAUUUCGAGUGAUCGCUAAAAACGAAUUCGGUUGGGGUAUUCCAUCAUUAACCUCUCGAAUCAUACAAACACAUCCCAAAGGCUCACCAAAACUUCAAAUUGAAAAACUUCAAGAGCGAUGUCGUGUAUGUGUCGUUUCAAAACCACCACAAACACGACUAUUUUCAAGGUCUAAGAAACUUGGUGAGAUUACGGAGGAGGAUGAAGAAAAGGCUGAAAUAGAAGAAAUUGAUUUAAAACCACAAACUCAGAUUUUGACAUUGAAUGUCUUAGAAGAGCCACAGAAACGCUUUCAGCUCAUUGCUCCGUUACCUCGUGGUCGAUUCGGUGAAAUAGCAUUUGCCAUUGAUAAAUCUCGAGAAACAGACGCUGAUUGCCUGGCUAAAAUUCGGAAUAUUAAUGUUGAAGGGGCUAAUGGUAUCACUGAAUUCGAAGCCUUAAAUGAGUGUCAGCAAGAAAAUAUUGUCCAUCUAAUUGCUGCUUAUCAGCGAAAUGAAUUACUGUUUUUAUUUAUGGAACGAUAUCGGGAAGAUAUUUUCGAACGAUUUACAUAUCGCGAUAGUUAUAACGAAGAACAAAUAAGUAGAGUAAUUGUACAAAUUGCAUCUGCUCUUCACUGGAUACAUUUCAGAGGUUAUGUACAUAUGGAUGUACAAGCAACCAAUGUUUUGUUCGCAUCCCGACAAUCUUGGCAAAUUAAACUUACCGAUUUUGCUUCAGCACAAAAAAUUAGUUGCGAAAUUAAACAACCGCUAAAACCAAAUCUAUAUUGGGCUUCACCAGAAAUACUGCGUACAGAUGAAAAGAAAGUUCCUAUUACAGCCCAGACUGAUAUUUGGGGUCUUGGAAUAAUUACUUUCUGUUUACUAAGUGGAUUUCAUCCAUUUGCUGCGGCAGAUGAUUCAGAUGAUGAAAUUAAAGAAAGUACCAUUUAUCAGAAGUGCAAUCCAAAUUUAAUUCAAGUACAAGCAACGGAGGAAUCAUUGAAAUUCGUAACUUGGGCUCUGAAAAAGGAUCCAAUGAAACGUAUGCGCACUGAUGAAGCACUAACACAUCGUUGGCUCAGUCUAGAUUCAGUAAUGAUACGCAAACGUGAAACAGUCAAUUAUUCAAGUAGCCGACUUCGGAAAACAGCCAUUUUAACUGCUAGUCAUAUUAAAGACAAUCGGCGAUCAAUGCAUUUUGUACCACCAUUAAUUUAA